GACUAAUAUGCUGUUCCUAUCCUUUUUGGUAGGUGUUACAUGCGAGUAAGACGGCGAGUGAUUGGCUAUGACGGCAUGUGUUCAGCUCUUGGAACUUCUGAGGAUGACAUAAAACUUGAGGCUACGUCCGUGAAAGAGGUCUAACUUGUGUUGUGUUCUGCUUUUUAUUUACUUACCUACUCUCCCAACAUAUGCUUUAACUAGGCGGAACCUCUAGCUUAAGUUACGAUAUACUGAUUAUCCGUACGCAAUCUCGAGUAUGCCGACUGAACAGGAAAAGCAUAGGGCGGUGCUAGCUUCGAGGGGCCGAGUUCCUAUGUUCUCCCCUCCUCCAAGCUCCCCGAGGGGUAAUAGUGUUAGCGAGACCGCGCCGACAAAACCGAAGAAUCCAACCGGUAGAACCGGUCUACCCACUGGACAGCCGUACCAUGGCCAAUCGCUUGAGGCCGCAUCCAUCCUCAGCCAUCCGCGACUACAGCAGGUGACAGGCUUACACCCGCGGAAGGUAUCUUGGUGGAAAGGCGUUCAACCCCCAAGAGACGAGCUAGCGCGUCUCCAAUGGGUUAUGAACCUGCCAGACGCCUAUCCCGUCAAACGGCCGAAAGGGAAUUUCUAAUAUCGCGAGUCGCAAACGAAGAAGAGACACCCAAGCUAAUCACUACUCAAUAUUUAUUUUUGCUGAAUGCCAUUCUACAUUCACCCGUAUACGCCGAGGUUGUGCUUUGAGGUAUCUAAAAGAA